GCUGCAGAGACAAACGACUAGCUCCAUUGUUAAGGGACCUCAUUCAAACUCCCAAUUUUAGAGUAGUAGUUGUUGAAGAUUGUGAAACAGUUGAGGUGUGUGGUGCAUUGAAGAAUAUUGUGGCAUGCGCUGCUGGUUUUGUAGAUGGCUUGGGAUUAGGUGACAAUACAAAAGCAGCUGUUAUCAGAUUAGGAUUAAUGGAAAUGGUUAAAUUUGUAGACACAUUCUACAGUGGUUCAAAACUUGGAACAUUCUUUGAAAGUUGCGGUGUAGCAGAUUUGAUAACUACUUGUUAUGGUGGAAGAAAUCGCAGAGUUUGCGAACAAUACGUUAAAAGUGGCAAAACUAUUAGACAACUCGAAGAAGAACUUUUAGGUGGUCAAAAAUUGCAAGGACCAGCCACGGCUGAUGAAGUCAAUGGAAUGUUGAAAAAUCGCAAUCUAACGGAGAAAUUUCCUUUAUUCACUGCAGUACAUCGCAUCUGUACCGAUCAAAUAAGACCGGCAGACUUACUUGAUCAAAUUCGAAAUCAUCCUGAACAUAUGUUU